CCAGUCUUGGACCUUCCCUCGCCUCGAAGCAAGGAGACAGCUGCGUGCACCCGCGCCCGGUUAUUUGGCAGCAGCCCCCACCACCACCACAGGCUCUUCGUCAACGCCGCACACUGAUCCGGGAACAGCAGCAGCAGCUCCUCUCUCACACCCCCGCUCAGCAGCUCUUCAACGUGGUGCGCCUCUGACGCGCUCUCUCUCUCUCUCCAGUUCAGGAUGGACUCAUCUCCUUCUCUUCACCUUUACCGCCGACUGUGACGCCGCUGUAGUUCGGUUGGGACUUCCCGGGGAAGGGGGCUGGAGCUGAUCCUCAGUGCACUGUUUCGCCUUUCCGCUUGUUUUAAUUUUAUUUACAAUUUUUUUUUUGUUGUUGUUUUGGUUUAAACACACUCAUCUCCGGACUCCGAGAUGGGAAUGUAUCUCCAUGUGCUGUUUUUGCACUGCUAUUUCGUCUCGAGAUUCGUGUGCAACGCCGUCGCCUUCGUGGAGGAGCCAGCCGGCGGUCGGUUGGACGGGUACUGCGGGCGGAUCCUCCGGGCGCAGACCCAGGGGACCCGGAAGGACGGGCACCACGAGUUCAGGCUCAGAGUGGAGGGGGACCCGGAGACCUAUCACCCGGGCAGCACCUACAGAGUGGUUCUCCUGGCAACCAGCCCCGCUUAUUUCCGGGGUUUCACCCUCAUCGCACUGAAGGAGGGCAGAGAGGGCACCUCGGACGACGACUACACUGGCCAGUUCCAGAACAUUGAUGAGGAGGACACACAGUUCAUGACCAACUGUGCCCCUGCAGUGACGGAGAGCACACCUCGCAGACGAACCAGGAUACAGGUCUUCUGGACGGCGCCGCACACGGGGUCUGGCUGUGUUAUACUGAAGGCCAGUAUUGUCCAGAAGAGAAUCAUUUAUUUCCAGGAUGAAGGCUCUCUCACUAUUCGACUGUGUGAGAAAGAGCGUGUGUUCGGCGAGGCCACAGAAGCUCCUGCUAUGGAGUGCUGCGCCUGCGGAACAGCAAAGUACAGACUCACCUUCUUCGGCAACUGGUCAGAGAAAGUACAUCCCAAAGACUACCCAAGACGAGCCAACCACUGGUCGGCUCUGAUUGGUGCGUCUCACUCCAGAGGCUACGUGCUAUGGGAGUACGGGGGCUACGCCAGCGAGGGCGUCCGUCAGGUCGCUGAGUUCGGCUCCCCCAUCAAGAUGGAGGAACAGAUACGACAGAAGGGAGAUGAAGUGCUUACUGUCAUUAAGACUAAGGCUCAGUGGCCGGCAUGGCAGCCGCUCAACCUGCGAGCAGCUCCAUCAGCUGAGUUUUCUGUGGACCGGACCCGUCACCUGAUGUCCUUUCUCACCAUGCUGGGCCCUAGCCCAGACUGGAAUGUGGGGCUGUCAGGAGAGGACCUCUGUACCAAGGACUGUGGCUGGGUCCAGAGGCUAGAGACAGACCUCAUCCCCUGGGAUGCAGGCACAGACAAUGGGGUCACGUAUGAGUCGCCGAACAAGCCCACCAUUCCUCAAGAGAAGAUCCGACCCUUGACCAGUUUGGACCACCCCCAGAGCCCGUUCUACGACACCGAGGGAGGGGCAAUUACCCCUGUAGCCAAGUUGGUGGUGGAGCGCAUCGCUAGAAAGGGAGAGCAGUGCAACGUGGUCCCGGACACCAUAGACGACAUCGUUGCUGAUAUUGGACAAGAGGAGAAGGAUGAAGAUGACACACCAGAGACGUGCAUCUACUCGGGCUGGUCUCCCUGGUCGGCCUGUAGCAGCGCGACGUGUGAAAAGGGCCGCAGGAUGAGGCAGAGGAUGCUGAAGGCCCAGCUGGACCUCAGCGUGCCGUGUCCCCACACUCAAGAUUUCCAGCCCUGCAUGGGUCCAGGAUGCAGCAUCGACGAGCCGUCGACCUGUAUGAUGUCGGAGUGGAUCAGCUGGUCGGCCUGCAGCGUGUCCUGUGGGAUGGGGAUGAGGUCCAGAGAGCGGUAUGUCAAACAGUAUCCUGAGGACGGCUCGCUCUGCCAGCUCCAGACUGAGGAGACGGAGAAGUGUGUCGUCAACGAUGAAUGCUCACCCAGCAGCUGUGUGGUGACUGAGUGGGCUGAGUGGGACCCCUGCAGCGUCACCUGUGGUUUGGGCAUGAGAAGACGUGAGCGCAUGGUGAAGAUGCCCCCUAUAGACGGAUCAAUGUGCAAGACCGAGGUGGCCGAAGUGGAGAAAUGCAUGAUGCCAGAAUGCCAUAGCAUCCCCUGCAUGCUGUCGCCUUGGUCUGACUGGAGCGAUUGCAGCGUGACAUGUGGGCGGGGCUUGAGGACGCGUCAGAGGAUGCUGAAGUCGGAUCCUGCAGAGUGCUCCGAGGAGCUGGAGCAGACGGAGAAGUGCAUGUUACCCGAGUGCCCCGUCGACUGCAUGGUCUCCGAGUGGUCCGAGUGGUCCGAGUGCAACAAGUCCUGCGGAAAAGGACAUACCAUUCGGACCCGUAUGGUCAAACUGGAGGCGCAGUUUGGGGGCGGCGCUUGUCCCGAGACCAUCCAGAGGAAGAAGUGCAAGAUCAGGAAGUGCAGGUCGAAAGGGAAGGAGGAGAGAGGAGGAGGUGGGGGUGGAGGCGGAGGAGCAGGAGGAGGAAAGAGAAGGAGACGGGGCAAACAUGGAAAAGAUGCGACCGAGGAGCAGCCAGGUUGCAGGAUGCAGCCGUGGACCGGCUGGACGGACUGCACCAAACCGUGCGGAGGGGGGAUCCAGGAGCGCUUCAUGGCGGCGAAGAAGAGAGUCAAAGGCGCCCAGGCGGCCGGCUGCAAGGACCAGAGGGAGAUCCGCGCCUGUAACGUUCAUCCCUGCUAGAAGGGGCGGGGCACUACUGAGCUACAGAGGAGGGGGAGGGGCGGGUUUAAUACGGGAGAAGUGAACAUAUGGGUUAAUUUGGUGAAGAUGAUGAGGAAGCGUUUUGUGUACAGGGAGGUGAGGUGAGGGGGGAGAUGAUGAUGGGUUAGUUUGACACUUUGGAGACGAGAUAUAAGUUUAGGUAAGGAGAGGAGAAGGGAGGAGAAAGAAGGAGACGAUAAUGUUCUGUUUAGUGAAGCCAUUGUAGGCAUUUAGUUAACAGGGCUGACAUUUACUUUAGACCACAAUGAAAGUUACUCAAGAGAGUAAAGUCUGUGUCCUGCAAAAAAAACUUCAUAUAUAUAUAGAUAGAAAAAAAUACAUAGAGUUGGCCUUUAUUCCAGCAUUUCUAUUCAUUUUUGUGAAGAAAGUGCAAUUGUUAUUAAGAUAUAAACAGGAUAAGGGCACAAUGAAAACCUGAACACAUGUUCAUUCACAGAGCCUAAUAGAACAAUGGCCAAGCGUUAGGGAGAAGAAAACACUGAAUUUAUAAAGAAAAUUAAAAGGGUUCUAAAAAUAAAAACUCAUCUCUGAUGUAAUAUUCACAGGAAAUAAUCUACUAGAAAAUUCAUCAAAAUCAUCCAAAACACUAAACACUAUUUCGGUUGAUUGUACAGUUUUUUCAGUGUUGUUUUCUGUUCUGUUAUUGCUAUGAAUGGAAUAUAAUGGGAAAUAACCAUAACAUAUGUCACUUAGUCAGGGGUCUAUUAACUCGAUGAUAGAGAAGGGGUCCCUUAAGGAAAAAAAGGUUGGGAAUCAUUGGUUUUAUCCAUAGCUGAGCAUCAUAUUUAUAAACUCACCAUAAGUCCGGAAGGAAAAAUAAUAUCGGAACAUCUCCCAAGACAGCACAACUACACAAAUCAAAAAAAGUUUACUUCUAAGAUGAGUUGUUGGUCCACUACAGAGCAUUUGAAUGAAAAAGAGUAGUCAUUUUAAAAUCCCUUUUAACCCUAGUAGGGAGAAUUUAAAGAUGCAAUCUGCACCCUUUUUUGCAAGACAUAGACAUUCACACAGGAAUUCUCUAAAGGCUUAUGGAUGUACUGUUUAUCUACUAUCUAACCAACACUUAUAAAUGACACUACUAUGUAAGUACUAAAAAAACACUUUCCCUAAUAGCCAGAUACGUUUAAAUAGAGAUGUUUUUAUACUGUUAAAAUUAGUCUUUAUAUACUGUACUGCUGUUGAUCUUGUCGUUUCAGCUGAUGUAGCAUUAAACCCGCGAUAGCGCUCACUCUUGUCAGGAGAUCUUCUGUUAGCAUGUGCUAUGAUUCUGUUUGGUUUGGACAUCAUGCUUUCUCUGCCGUAGAUGUUGUCCUAAAACAGAUCGCUAAAAUGACUGUGUCUGCCCGAAAAACACAAACGGACGGAGACACUUGUGCUGUGCUGCAACGGUUCUGGCUGCAAAAAAGGUUUUAUGGGAAAACAUUGCAGAGGUAUUAAAAGGUGUAGGACAGCUCAACACGCAGUAGACUGUUACUGGGGCCUUGGUUACAACAUGUCUGUUUAUUACCCAUUGUUUUUUUACCAUGCUUUCCAUCGUGUUGCCAUAAUGAGUGAUUUUUUUUAAUGGUUAUCACAUAGCAGAAUACGUUCUUUUUCAAUUCAAAUAAGAAUGUCAUCACCAAAGUUCUAUUUUCUGUCGAUGUUCUUUCUUGCCUUCACUGUUUUCUGUUUUCAGACCUCUUUCUUGAUUUCUUUGCCUCUGUAUCACGUGACUGUUUUCUAAGAAACCACCUUUACAAUAAAAAAUGUAAAUGUGAAAAUCUU